AUGAGCUUAGUACGGCUAAAACAACAAGUCAACAAUGAUUAUGUACCAUCCAGAUCAACCAAAUGCACUGUGACGUAUUCAGAAGAUGAAAACGUGCUUCCUCGUUUGCGGGGCCGCCGAGCUGACAUGAACGAAGAACGAUGUUAGUUUUAAUUUUUUCAGUAAUCUUUAAGUGAAUUUUGCGAUGCCUGAUACUCAAGUGGAACCUCAUCAGAAGUUCUUUCACUUUUUGCUACCUACAACGAUGGUACAGCCGAGCUCUUAACUUACCUUGAGGACUAUAAAGAUCUAGACAAUCGGAGGUUAAACAUCAGCAGUUCCUUUGGUGGACUGUCCAAUACUUCAAGUUUACCAAAGCCGCCGCGCGCGUCUCUAAUUAUUGCCAGGUGUACAGAGCUGUUGUCAUCGCCACAAUCCUGUAUCGCAGGCAAAUUUUCGACUACUUGA